CUUGCUCUACAGGGCCGUCGACAUCUUGUGACGUCGUCCCGCAACCAUGUCUUGAUACCGACGUUCGUAGGAACAUUCGCCUACGGCGUCGACAACCGCAUAUGGUUGCGAGCGCUUUGACAAGCAACAGGAUGAUGCUCUAGGUGCAGACAGGAUCAUGUCAUCCUCCGAUCGCCUCGUAGCACAUGCUGGCCGCGGACAUUCAUAACACUCCUUCCUAAUGCUCCGCUUCAACGAGCCUUCGAGUUCUAGCCUCGCGCACGGCGCAAGCCCGAUGUGCGACACACGAUGUUGGGUUCCUCAUUGUUCAGCGCUGUUUUACCAUCUACAGCGAUCGCCCAUGAAACCGGGAAUUCUUCCUUAUGACGUUAAGAGCUACCUCGGGCGUUCCCAGGCUCAAUGAAGGCGAUACAUGCUCACCUGCACAAAUUGCCUCAUCCUCGCUGUGCCUCGGAUACACGCGUCUGCCUCACAACGCUCUACCAGGAAUACUGGUUUACUUUGGGAGGACUCUGCGCCCGCUACAUCGAUCCACGUUUUUCCUACCGUAAACUCUUCGUGCUGUUGCUCCACCCUGUCAUAUUGGCUUUGCAUCGAACACGAUGCCGAGUCAAUGUCCGGAUCGUCUGCAUGUCCAGGUUCCGAUCACUGUCGCUUCCGACCCGAUUUGAGCUGUCCAGGCACGGCCUAACCGGACUGAUGGGCUCUUUGGCCACGGUAGCUCACGCGUGGCUUGGGUUUAUCUUACAGAAUGAUAGGGCGACGAAAGGCUGAGUCCCUCCAUGACCCGGACGUCUUUCGCACCUCGUUCUUGGUUACCAUUUCCGCGAUAUUCUAGCUCCUAGACGCCCUGAUGUCGGAGCUUAGUUUCAGCGCCCAGACGUGCACUGGCAUAGGCUUUCCUGUCACGCUGACGCGCGGGAGGAGGUUUCGCAGUGACUUGCGCUCUGGAGCGUGCCAUCAUCUCGCUCUAUGUCGAAAUGCGCAGACCCUGCGCACUGCCAACGCCGGCAGUCUCGAUGUGGUCCAUCGUUCAAAGCUGGAGCCGAUGAGUACGCGCCGAUAUUCCCCCACCGCGCUCGGAAGUGGUCUACGGCGUUUAGUAGAACUUGACAGGACAAACUGAUUUGCAGUUCUAGCAUUUGGCCGUCGGUCCGAAUCGCACUUUCAGUCCCUUUGCGACCUGGUCUCGCCACCCCUACUCCUUGCCAGGUCUCAGCGGUCCGAUUGGUGAUUCUCUUCCCUGCAUCUCGACGUGACAGGCGCACCAUCCAGAGCGCAGUGGCCGUCAUGGGGUAGUGGCAAGCGCGGCGUAGUGGAUGCAAACGAGUUCGAGGCGUCGAGCUGUUUCAAGUCAAGCCACCACCCAACCGUCGCCACCGAUUUCGAUAUGAAGGCGCUAACAUGGCGCUCGGCAUUCAUGAGAGUUCCCGUCUUAACAGGCGGAAUGGCAGAGGGCUGGCGGCGGUUUGACCUCGCCGUGGCGUUCCGACGCAGCACGGUCGCUAACUGUACUUCAUGAAAAUGGUUCCAGGCGGGUGCUGAGCGCACUCUCAAGUCUCGGCUGCGACACGCCUCUAGUCUCAGGCAUCGGGCAUCCGGGGGCGAGGGUCACGGAGAGAUGAAGCGCUCCGGGCCCAAGAUACGUUCGCUUGCGUUGGCGGUGUUUCGGGACGUGUCGACGAGUUGGAAACGCGAGAGCAGGGUGGUGGGAUGUCAGCGUCCGACCUCGGCGGUUUGGUCUGUGCCACCGAAACGAUCCUCCCUUUUUGCAUGGGAUGGCACGAUACUACUCCGACAAUCCUCGAACAAGCGGCAGCUAGCCCAACCUUCCCAGCUUGCACAGACUAGGGACAGUCUGUGUGUACGCUGUACGCCGAGUAAGUCAUGUCAUGUCUUUCCGACAGGAAUUUCGCGACCGCCGAGCCUUGCUGACAUUCGCUCGGGCACCAUAUGUUCCGACUCGGGGUCGCUUGGAUUCGUCUGAUUGCUCGUACUGCAAGUAUUAGCAGUCAUAUUAUCCAACAGUUGCGCAGCGACCACCGAACUCCUGGCCUAUGUUCACGUGCGGCAGCCUAAGGUGCCAUGUUCGGCGAGCUUUGAUCCACUACUUCCAGGACCCAGGUCAUGGUAUUAUGAGAGCUUGAGGCUCAAGCUUGUCUGUGGUCAAGAGUUGUGCCACCGCUGCCUUGUGAGACGUCGUAGACUCAAAGAGUCUAGCUCCUACCCUCGCUCGCACAGUAAGUCGAAACACGUCAAUGCUGACAAACGUCGCCUACAGUCCAGACUGGUUUCGGCCGACCGCUCACCCAAAGCUGUUGAAGUACACAAGGCGACACAUACUCCAAAGUCCUCACUGUCAUUCAAGUGAUUUGCAAAUGGUGCAGCCGCUUUUCCCGCUUUUCCCGCUUGAGACGA